AUGGCCACUACAACAUCUCUGCUUCCCAAACCCCCCUCACCAUUUCUCACCAACACACCUUCAUUCCCUUCAACACAUUUCACCAAGCUCUCAUGUUUCAGCCCAUCAGACCACCCCCAUUGCACAAAAAGGCAAAACCUUCAGACACAUGCCAAAAAGAAGAACCCCUGGCGUGACCCUUUUGAUGAUGGAGAGGACCCAGACAUGGGGUAUGGCUCUCUUUUUGCAGAGGGGAAGCAGGAAGAGGAUGAUAGACCGCCCGAAAACCCAGAUAAUCCAUACGGGUUCUUGAAGUUCCCAAUGGGGUAUAGUGUGGAAAUUGCAUCAUUAGCUUUGAAAGUGAGGGGGGAUGUUAGGAGGUGUUGUUGUGUGGUUUCUGGUGGUGUGUAUGAGAACUUGCUGUUUUUUCCGGUUAUCCAGCUUAUCAAGGAUCGGUACCCGGGUGUGCAAGUGGAUGUAGUGGCGUCUGCCAGAGGGAAGCAAGCUUAUGAGUUGAAUAAGAAUGUGAGAUGGGCUGAUGUCUAUGAUCCUGAUGAUCAUUUUCCUGAGCCUGCUGAGUACACUGACAUGGUUGGACUUCUUAAGAAUAGGUAUUAUGACAUGAUCUUAUCAACCAAGCUAGCAGGGAUCGGACACGGAAUAUUCUUGUUCAUGACAACAGCCCGAGAACGGGUGAGCUAUAUUUAUCCAAAUGUAAAUGCUGCAGGAGCUGGAUUGUUUCUAUCUGAAACAUUUACACCAAAUAGCAUGAAUCUCUCUGAAGGCGGAUAUAACAUGUAUCACCAGAUGGUUGAUUGGUUGGGUAGACCGGUGCGGGAUGUGCCACAGCAACCUCUGCCUCCACUUAAAGUAUCAAUCUCAAAGAAGCUAAAGCAGGUUGUAGAGUCCAAAUAUCAGAAUGCAGGUGUAAGUAAAGGAAAAUAUAUUGUGAUUCAUGGGUUGGAAUCUGAUUCGAAAGCCUCAAUGCAGUCUAAGGGGGAUGCUGAUAGCUUACUGCCCAUCAAAGUGUGGGCUACAAUAGCUCGUGGUAUAAGGGAAUUUAGGCCAGUUUUUGUCAUUCCACAUGAGAAAGAAAGGGAAAAUGUGGAGGAAGUAGUGGGAGAAGAUACCAGCAUUGUGUUCAUAACAACCCCUGGGCAGCUAGCUGCCCUUAUCAAUGACUCGGCUGGUGUAAUAACUACUAACACUGCAGCUAUCCAACUUGCAAAUGCACGCGAAAAACCCUGCAUUGCAUUAUUCGGUUCUGAAGAGAAAGGGAAACUAUUUGUUCCCAACGCAGAAGAGAAGAAGAAUUGUGUUAUUGUUUCAUCCAAGACAAGACAAUUAAAGGAUAUCGACACUGAAGCUGAGAUCCCAGGUUCGAAUCCCGGUAGUCCCAACAUUUUAGUGGCCUUUAGGUCCUUUUGUGGUCCGAAAGCCUUCAACUCAAUUCCAAGGUGGCAUGGUGGUUUAGUGGUGAGGUGCUGUAUAGUGGCGUGGCUUUGCGUAUGGCAAAGCAGUGCACUGUUCUUGGGUUGCAGGAGCUUCAAUGGUAUUUACCCUGUCUCCAUUGCGGCGGCAACGACUGCAGCAGUGGCGGCAAUGGAGGCGCCUCUGCAGUUUUUGGUUUUUGUUCGGGUCUGCCUUCUUGCAAGACACAGCCCAAAGUGGAAAGACGAAGGAACUGUCCAAAUCCCGACUCCCAUAUUUUCGUAA